UCAAUUAUUCAUUUCCGCGCCCCUUAGGAUUUUCACUCUUUUCAACAUCUUCGGCGAAUCAUAUGGCAGUCACUUCCAGAGCUCCGGCGAACGGUGCCGUCUACAGGGAAGAUCCUCUUUUACCACAUCUCUGGUCGAUUAAAGCAGCCCUAGACAAGUUGGAUUUAUCCCAAAAUGAUGGGGCGGAUGUAUACGAACUUGUAUCUCACUGCAUCAAAACCUUUAAGCAUGGUUCAGAAUAUCGAAACGAUAUCAGAUUUCUCAAGAUUUGGCUCAUAUAUAUGGAUUUUAGUCCAAACUACGAGGCUGUUUUCAGGGAAAUUGAACAGCUUAAAAUUUGUUUGGAUAAAGCUUUGCUAUAUGAGUCUUAUGCAUUGUUCUUGGAAGCAAAGGGAAUGAUGAAUGAGGCUCAUUUAGUGUAUCAGUCAGGCAUUUCAAGAAAUGCUGAACCAAUAGAGAAGUUGAAGAAGGCACAUACCUAUUUUCUUGAGAGAAUGCAAGCAAUAAUAGAUGCUUGUUCACAUAAGAAGGUGGAUGGAGGAUCCCCACUUAACAGUGGUUCAAAUUGUAUGAAUCCAUGGUCAAUCUCUACUCUCAACAAUCUAUUGCAAAAGAUGAAUGCUCAAAUAUCAAAAUACACAGGAUACCAUGCAAGUAAUAAAUGUUAUUCAGGGAAAGUGGCAUUAUCAUCUUUGCUGAAGUCAGCUAGGAAUAAGGUUAUUGAGAUAGGUGGAAAGAAAUAUCAAAUCAAGGGAUGUGCUGGUAAGGGUGGAUUUGCACAAGUAUACAAGGCAUCUAUCAACAAUAAUGCAGAUGAUAUUGUUGCUUUGAAGAUUCAAAAGCCUCCAUUCCCAUGGGAAUUCCACAUGUAUCGCCAACUUGAUAAGAGGAUUCCAGAAAAUGAAAGAUUGUCUUUUGGAUAUGCUCAUAAAUUGCACCUCUAUUCAGACUACAGCAUUCUUGUUUCAGAUUUUUUAUCUCAUGGAACGCUUCAGGAUGCCAUUAAUACCAAUGUGUGUACGGGUGCCUCCAUGGAUGAAGUUUUGUGUAUACAUUACACAAUUGAGAUGCUCUCCAUGCUUCAAAGUUUGCAUGCUAAUGGUAUUAUUCAUGGUGAUUUCAAACCUGAUAAUCUCUUGAUGCGCAAUGCUAGGGACAAUCUAACAGAAGAUGGUUUUCGCACCAGAAGUGGUCCUUGGCGUGAACAGGGACUUUGCCUUGUUGACUGGGGUAGAGGAAUAGACAUGCACUUAUUUCCCAACAAGACAAAGUUCAAUGGAGAUUGUAGAACUUCUGGUUUCCGUUGUAUUCAAAUGCAAGAGAAUAAACCAUGGACAUAUCAGGUUGAUACUUAUGGGCUUUGUGUGAUUGUUCAUAUGAUGCUUCAUAAUUCAUAUAUGGAGAUAGAGAAGAAAGCAUCUCAAGAUGGUGGCUUUUCAUAUCAACCUAAAUUGCCUUUCAAACGAUACCAAAAAGUGGAACUUUGGAAGAAACUAUUUGAGGAUUUGCUUAACCAUGAUCCAGAAGAGGAGCAUUUGAAGAUAUUAGGAAACUUAAAGACAUCAUUUCAAGACUACAUGUGCUCAAACCCUCAGUUGAUAAAACAACUAAAGCAAUCAUUAGCAAAGCAAAGGAUUUCAAUGUGUUCAUCUUAGUUGGCAACCACAUUGUAUCUUUAAAACUAUCACUAAAUCAUAUGGGUAUUUGUAUUUGUUUAAAAUUAAAAAAAAAAAGGUUAAAUGCUUGUUAACAUCUUUUUCCAAACAAACUGCAUGUAAUACCAACAUUUCUCUUUUUCUCAGUAUAA